AUGGGCGGGCUCGUAGAACGUACCAAUGGAAUACUUGAGCAGAAGUUGGGAAAGUGGAAAGAGGCAACUGGCCGUUCUUUAAAUGGUGAAAAUCGCACACCUUUAUCCUGUCCAUUGCAUAGUAAAGAUAGUGUUUUAAGUAAAUUACUUGAUACGGUUCAACUGGAUAGUAGUGACAACAUUUUGG